GAUGUUUGUUCUGCUGAGUCCAAGGGUGAUAGGGCUCAUGGAGCAUGCGGUACAAAGGCUCAUCCUCUCCUGGAAACUUCCAUUUUUGGAACUCUGCACACUGGAAAUCAUGUUGGUGAGAAACGGCAUUGUGUGGAUUCUGUUGUUUGGGAUGUCUUCAGCUGCAGUGUUUGUGGAGAGACGGGAGGCCAGUGAUGUGCUGACCAGAAGGCGGCGAGCAAAUACUGGAUUCCUGGAGGAGCUCAAGCAAGGCAACCUGGAAAGGGAAUGCAUGGAGGAGAUGUGUGACUAUGAGGAGGCCAGAGAAGUAUUUGAGGACAAAGGACAGACGGAGCAAUUCUGGCAGACCUAUGACCGUCGGGACCCCUGUAACAUAAACCCAUGUCGCAACAAUGGCGUGUGUGUCCACCAGGGGACAACCUUUCAAUGUCAAUGUCCCGAAGGCUUUGAAGGACGCUUCUGUCAGAUGGUGUUUGAAGACUCCCUCAAGUGUAUUUACCACAACGGUCAGUGUCAGCAUUUCUGCGAUGGCUCAGGGAAACGCCGCAGAUGUUCCUGCGCUGACGGCUACAUUCUGGGCGAAGACGGGCGUCAGUGCAUUGCUCAAGUGGAGUUUCCCUGUGGUCAGCUGGCUCCAGCCAAUCAGAGCAUGACAGGUCAGACCAGGCUUGUAGGAGCCAACCAUUGUCCCAAAGGAGAGUGUCCCUGGCAGGUUCUGAUUGAGUUGAACCAAACAAGUCAUUGUGGAGGUGCCCUGAUCCGUCCUGACUGGGUCGUUACUGCAGCUCACUGCGUUCUUGGAAUCCACCCUGACCAGCUUACGGUGGUGGCAGGGGAACACAACCUGGACGCUGACGAUGGCACAGAACAAAGAAUCCCAGUUUCCAAGGCAAUUGCCCAUGAGGGUUAUGUCCCAGCAACAGGUGACAGGGACAUUGCGCUGCUGCACCUGAGUAGAAGUGUGGCCAUAAACAGCCAGGCGCUCCCUAUCUGCUUGCCCAGUAAAGACUUAGCGGAGCAAGAGCUGCUACUGCUGCGGUACCACACUGUGUCCGGUUGGGGCAAGAAGACCACUGGGGGAAAUGCUGCCAGCCACAGCACCGCAUCCAGCGCCAUCAUCUCCCCUGUCCUCCGCAAGAUGUCCUUACCAAUCAUCCCCAACUCUCAGUGCUCACAGAGAGCCCAGUUCAACUUCACCAACAACAUGCUGUGUGCUGGCUACCUGGACGGCCAACAGGAGAGUUGCCGUGGCGACGAUGGGAGCCCAUUGACCAGUGUCUUUGGUUCCACCCACUUCCUUUUGGGCAUCGUCGGAUGGGGGCGGGGCUGUUCACACCCUGGGUAUUAUGGCGUUUACACCAACAUGGCCAAAUUUGUUGACUGGGCUGAGUCCACCAUUAAGAACCCCCCCGCAGCCCCGAUGUUUACUGACAUGAUGCAACAGAAAGUUGUCUAACAGCCACUAAGAAAAGCUUUUUCAAUUUGAACUUGAAUGGUUUAACAGCACUUUGGUUGAAACAAUUGAAAGUGCUUGAUUGUUGCUCAUUUUAAACCAACGCCAUUGUUGUGUCAUUUCUGGAAAUAAAGAAACACUAAUGAUAGA